GAGCAGUCCCUGAACGCAGCAGCGGUGGGCGGUGACCCCAGCUCACCUGCGGAACAUAAACCAGCGCAGCUGAGGAGGUCUGCUUCAACCAUCCUGCCCAGCGGCUGUGCGCUCCUGUGGAAACUUUGCUCUUCAUCCCGGGGAAUCAGAGACACGGAGCCGGACUGAGCGCGCGCUGAAACGCACAGUUUACCUGCGGUGCCUGCUGCUGCUGAGAACAAGUCACCAUGACGGACGUUGAACAGUUCCUGUACGGGCAGCGUGGCGGCGUAAACGACCCUUUGGCCCAGGCCGACUGGGCCUCCAAGAAACUGGUCUGGAUCCCCAGUGAGAAGCAGGGCUUUGAGGCCGGCUCGCUCAAAGAGGAGAAGGGAGAUGAGUGCGUGGUGGAGCUGGCCGACUCUGGCAAGAAGGUGAAGGUGAAUAAGGAUGACAUCCAGAAAAUGAACCCCCCCAAGUUCAGUAAGGUGGAGGAUAUGGCUGAGCUCACCUGCCUGAAUGAGGCCUCCGUCCUGCACAACCUUAAGGAGAGAUACUACUCUGGACUCAUCUAUACAUACUCGGGUCUCUUCUGCGUGGUGAUAAACCCCUACAAGAACCUCCCCAUCUACAGCGAGGAAAUCGUCAAUAUGUACAAGGGCAAGAAGAGGCACGAAAUGCCUCCGCAUAUCUACGCCAUCACAGACACGGCUUAUAGAAGCAUGAUGCAGGAUCGUGAGGAUCAGUCCAUCCUUUGCACAGGCGAGUCAGGAGCUGGAAAAACGGAGAAUACAAAGAAGGUCAUUCAGUAUCUCGCACAUGUCGCUUCAUCCUCCAAGUCCAAGAAAGAGCAGGGCAGUGCUGUGUUGUCACAUGGGGAGCUUGAGAAGCAGCUGCUGCAGGCCAACCCCAUCCUGGAGGCCUUUGGCAACGCCAAGACCAUCAAGAACGACAACUCCUCCAGAUUUUCAGCUGAUUUGUGUCUGGAGGAUUACAGCAAGUACCGCUUCCUGUCCAAUGGAAAUGUGACCAUCCCAGGGCAGACGGACAAGGAAAUGUUCCAGGAAACCAUGGAGGCCUUUAAUAUCAUGAGCAUCCCUGAGGAGGAGAUAACUGGUCUGCUGAAGGUCGUCUCAGCCGUGCUCCAGUUGGGGAACAUGAUCUUCAAGAAGGAGCGACACUCGGACCAGGCGUCCAUGCCUGACGACACGGCUGCCCAGAAAGUCUGCCACCUGCUGGGCAUCAAUGUGACCGACUUCACCCGAGCCAUCUUGUCUCCCAGGAUCAAGGUCGGUAGGGACUACGUUCAGAAGGCCCAGACCCAGGAGCAGGCAGAGUUUGCCGUUGAGGCUCUGGCCAAAGCUUCGUAUGAGAGGAUGUUCCGCUGGCUGGUGAUGAGGAUCAACAAGGCUCUGGACAAAACCAAGAGGCAGGGAGCGUCCUUCAUAGGAAUCCUGGAUAUUGCUGGAUUUGAGAUCUUUGAGGUAAUUUCCUCCCUAUUUCAGGUGGAUUACAAGGCAAAUGAGUGGCUGAUGAAAAACAUGGACCCCCUGAACGAGUGUGUGGCCACCCUGCUGAACCAGUCCACCGACAAGCUGAUUGCAGACCUGUGGAGAGACGUGAACCACAUCGUCGGCCUGGAUAAGGUGGCAGGAAUGUCAGACUCUGGCCCCUUCAGGACCCGUAAAGGCAUGUUCCGCACAGUGGGACAGCUGUACAAGGAGCAGCUGGGGAACCUCAUGACCACCCUGAGGAACACCAACCCUAACUUUGUGCGCUGCAUCAUUCCCAACCACGAGAAGAAGUCUGGUAAGCUUGAGUCUCACCUCGUUCUGGACCAGCUGAGGUGUAACGGAGUCUUGGAGGGAAUCCGUAUCUGCAGACAGGGCUUCCCUAACCGGAUCGUCUUCCAGGAGUUCAGACAGAGAUAUGAAAUUCUCACUCCAAAUGCUAUUCCAAAGGGCUUCAUGGAUGGAAAGCAGGCCUGUGUGCUCAUGAUCAAAGCCUUAGAGCUGGACCCCAACCUGUACCGCGUCGGUCAGAGCAAAGUGUUCUUCCGAGCUGGAGUCUUGGCUCACCUGGAGGAGGAGAGGGACAUGAAGAUCACCGACGUGAUCAUGAGCUUCCAGGCCUGGUGCAGAGGAUAUGUAGCCCGGAAAGCCUUUGCUAAGAGACAGCAGCAGCUGACCGCCAUGAGAGUCAUCCAGCGAAACUGUGCCGCUUACCUCAAACUCAGGAACUGGCAGUGGUGGAGGCUUUUCACCAAGGUUAAGCCUCUUCUCCAGGUGUCUCGGCAGGAGGAGGAGAUGAUCGCCAAGGAGGAGGAGCUGCUCAAGGUGAAGGAGAAACAAAUCCAGGCAGAGGAGCAGCUCAAAGAAUACGAGGCGAAGCAGCAACAGCUGAGCGCAGAGAAGCAGGCCCUUCAGGAGCAGCUGCAGGCCGAGACGGAGCUUUGUGCAGAGGCUGAGGAGCUGAGAGCCCGUCUGGCUACGAGGAAGCAGGAGCUGGAGGAGAUCCUGAUGGAAAUGGAGACUCGGCUGGAGGAAGAGGAGGAGAGGGUCAAUCAGAUGCACAAUGAGAGAAAAAAGAUGCAGCAGAACAUCACGGAUUUAGAGCAGCAGCUCGACGAGGAGGAAGCAGCCAGACAAAAGCUUCAGAUGGAGAAGGUCACCACAGACGCCAAGCUGAAGAAACUGGAGGAGGACAUCAUCUUGUUGGAUGAUCAGAACGGCAAACUUAACAAGGAAAAGAAGCUGCUGGAGGAGAGGAUCUCAGAGUUCACCAUAAAUCUGGCUGAAGAGGAGGAGAAGUCCAAAAGCUUGCAGAAGCUCAAGAACAAACAUGAAACCAUGAUCACUGAUUUAGAAGAUCGUUUGAGGAAGGAGGAGAAGCUGCGCCAGGAGCUGGAGAAAAACCGCCGUAAACUGGAGGGAGACUCCACGGAGCUCAACGACCAGAUCGCCGACCUGCAGGCCCAAAUCGCCGAGCUCCGGGCUCAGCUGGCCAAGAAGGAGGAGGAGCUCCUCGCCGCACUAGCCAGGAUCGAGGAGGAGGCUGCAGCAAAGAACACGGCCCAGAAGAAAAUCAGGGAGCUGGAGGCGCAGAUCUCUGAGCUGCAGGAGGACCUGGAGCUGGAGAGGCAGGCGCGCUCCAAGGCGGAGAAACUACGCAGGGACCUGGGAGAGGAGCUGGAGCUGGCAGAGAUGAAGAAGAAGGCGGAACAAGAGGCCAUAUCGCUGGAGGGCGCAGAGGAGGGCCGCAAGAAGCUGCAGAGGGAGAUGGACGAACUGAUGCUGCAACUGGAGGAGAAGAGCGCCGCCUACGACAAGCUGGACAAGACAAAAACCCGUGUGCAGCAGGAGCUGGAUGAUAUGCUGGUGGACCAGGACAAUCUGAGGCAGAUCGUCUCCAACCUGGAGAGGAAGCAGAAGAAGUUUGAUCAGAUGCUGGCAGAGGAGAAGGCGAUUUCCACUCAGUAUGCUGAGGAACGUGACAAAGCAGAGGCUGAAGCCCGGGAGAAGGAGACGCGUGCGCUCAACCUGGCCCGUGAGCUUGAGACCAUGACGGCCCUGAAGGAGGACCUGGAGCGCUCCAACAAAAUGUUCAAAGCUGAGAUGGAGGACCUGGUCUCCUCCAAAGAUGACGUCGGCAAAAACGUUCAUGAGCUGGAGAGGUCGAAGCGGGCCAUGGAGCAGCAGCUGGAGGAGAUGAGGCUUCAGCUGGAGGAGCUGGAGGACGAGCUGCAGCUCACAGAGGACGCCAAGCUGCGUCUGGAGGUCAACAUGCAGGCCAUGAAGGCCCAGUUCGAUCGAGACCUGCAGGGCCGAGACGAGCAGGGAGAGGAGAGGAGGAAGCAGCUCGUCAAACAGGUUCGCGAAAUGGAGCUUGAGCUGGAAGACGAACGCAGACAGCGUACCCAGGCCCUCUCCUCCAAAAAGAAACUGGAGAUGGAUCUGGCAGAGCUGGAAGCACAGAUCGAUUCUGCAAACAAAGGUCGGGAUGACGCUCUGAAGCAGCUGAAGAAACUCCAGGUAGAGGAAGCAGCCAUAUCCCCCACCGCUGGUCUGCUCCUUUUCUAUCAGGAUCUGGCCACAGCUGACAGACUCAAGAGACAGCUUCAGACCGAGCGGGACGAGCUCCAGGAGGAGGUCAACGGCAGCAAUACCAAAAAUUCUUUGCUGUCAGAUGAGAAGAGGAGGCUGGAAGCUCGUAUCGCUCAGCUGGAGGAAGAACUGGACGAGGAACAUCUGAAUACGGAGAUGGUUAAUGAUCGUCUGAAGAGAACGAUGUUGCAGAAUGAUCAGCUCAACACCGAGCUGUCUACAGAGCGCAGCAAUUCCCAGCGGCUGGAGGGCAACCGUUCCCAGCUGGACCGCCAGAACAAGGAGCUGAAACUGAAGCUGCAGGAGCUCGAGGUCACCAUCAAGUCAAAGUACAAGUCCUCCAUCACCUCACUGGAGGCCCGGAUCGCUCAGCUGGAAGAGCAGCUGGAUGUGGAGUCAAAGGAGCGCCAGCAGGCCUCCAGGCUGGUCAGGAGGACGGAGAAGAAACUCAAAGAGGUGAUGUUGCAGGUUGAUGAUGAACGACGCAACACUGACCAAUACAAAGAUCAGGCAAGUUCUGUCACUUUUCCUUUCAAAGCAAAAGACGCAAUGGGUUCCAAGCUGUUUUCUGAUACUGUGACACUGUGGGGGAGCUUGCUUUUAAAAAAAAAAAAAACUGUUUCUGUUUGCAGACGAGGAGAUUUGCCCCUCAGCAUGCGGGUCGGUGUGGGCCGCACCGGCGGUCUCGACAGCGACGAAGAGGUAGAAGUACCAGCUGGGCUAUCAGAGCCUGCAGCGGAGUGAGCUGAGGACGGAUAAAAAGGGAAAUAAUGCGACGACUGCAGAGACCAUGAAAUGUUAGCCUUACAUCGACCUUUCACAUGCACUUCCAUGGGCCAAAAUGUCCAAGAAUAUGCAGUUCAAUUUACGUUUAAAAGUUACUUUUCCUACCCAUUUUUCUACAUGACGGGUAUAUUGAACCGUUUAAAUAUUUAGUGCUUCUAACAUGCUAUUGCUGUUGCUAAUAUAUUCUUGUAUCUUUAUGCACUUUUCCUCAAAGUAAUUGUUAUAACCUCUAAAAAUCUGUAGGUUUCCCCUGUAGUCUGUUAUCAUAUGACACUUUAUCAAAUUCACUUGGUUGGAACAAUUUUGAAUUUUUAAUGACGCAUUUAAUAUCAUGUUUUUGGAUGCUGUAUUGUCCCACUGUUUUUUACACUAUCAAUUAUAGGUGAUGGGUCCUUUAAUAGUUCUUUAGUUUUUUCCCCCUUAAAUAACAGACAGGGUUUCUACCAGUACUUUUGCCUCCUAAAUAAAAGCAGCAGCAUAUUUUUGAAUAACACCCUGCCACUGAAUUCUCAGACGGUUGUUGGUUUGCAUGUUACUCAUCCUCUAGUUCUAAGGCGAGUCUGUUUUUAUACGAUGCCUUAAAUGCAAUAAAGUAAUGAAUGCAUUGAAA